GAGACUUGCAGCUGGGUACAAGAAAAACCCGUGUUGCUUCUGCAGCGUCUGCCCCAGUGUCCAGCCUCGCCAGUCUUCCCUGCGGCUCUAGCAGCCCUUGCGCUCUGUCAGCGCGCACUAAUUCCGCUCCUCCACCCGGGCACCCUCAGUCUCCUGGCCAGCCAGAGCCUCUGCCAUGUGCGCUGCCCACAUGACGCCCCUGGCGCACAUCUUCAAAGGGACUUUCGUCCAUUCCACCUGGACCUCUCCCAUGGAGGUGCUGCACGACCACAUCCUCGGCGUGUGCGACGGUGGCAAAAUAGUGUUUUUGGAACACUCUUCACAGCAAGAAAAACUGGCAACAGAAUGGGGCUUCACACCAGUUGACGUGAGAGAACUCAGCAUUCAUGAAUUCUUCAUUCCCGGACUGGUCGAUACACAUAUCCACGCGCCACAGUAUGUGUUUGCCGGAAGUAAUGUGGAUCUCCCUCUCCUGGAGUGGUUAACAAAUUAUACUUUUCCAACAGAAAACAAAUUCAGCAACAAGGAUUUUGCUGAAGAAGUCUACACCCGAGUGGUUAGGAGAACUCUAAAGAAUGGUACAACCACGGCAUGCUACUUUGGAACGAUCCACACUGACGCAUCCCUCCGCCUUGCUGACAUCACAGAUAAAUUUGGGCAGCGAGCAUUUGUGGGCAAAGUUUGCAUGGAUAUGAAUGACACUGUUCCAGAGUACAAGGAAACCACUGAGGAGUCAGUUAAAGAGACAGAAAGGUUUAUUGACGAAAUGCUAAAAAAGGAAUAUACUAGGGUGAAGCCCGUAGUGACACCACGUUUUGCCCUUUCCUGCUCUGAGACUUUGUUGCAUAAACUUGGUGACAUAGCCAAGGACCACAAACUCCAUAUUCAGAGCCACAUAAGUGAGACUCCCGAUGAAGUUGAAGCUGUUAACAAGCUAUUUCCUAAUUAUAAGAAUUACACAGAUGUGUAUGACAAAAACAAUCUCCUGACAGACAAGACCGUGAUGGCUCAUGGCUGCUACCUCUCUGAUGAAGAGCUCCAAGUAUUUCAACAGCGUGGAGCUUCAAUCUCCCACUGUCCCAAUUCAAAUUUGUCGAUCUCCAGUGGAUUACUAAAUGUGUUGGAUGUCCUGAAACAUAACGUGAAGCUUGGACUGGGCACAGAUGUUGCUGGUGGUUAUUCAUCUUCCAUGCUUGAUGCUAUCAGAAAAACAAUCAUGGUAGCCAACGUCCUUUACAUGAAAAAAGUAAAUGAGAAAAGCAUCACUCUGAAAGAAGUAUUCAGACUAGCAACUCUUGGAGGAAGCCGAGCCUUGGGCCUAGAUGACAUGAUUGGGAACUUUGAAGUUGGCAAGGAGUUUGAUGCCCUCCUGAUCAACCCUAAGGCUUCAGACUCUCCCAUCGAUCUCUUCUGUGGUGAUCUGACUGGUGAGCUUUCAGAGACUGUCAUCCAGAAGUUCUUCUAUCUAGGAGACGAUCGAAAUAUUGAUGAAGUGUAUGUGGGCGGCAAGCAAGUGGUUCCAUUUUCAAGCUCAGUGUAAGUCCACUAGGCUUCUGAAGACAUUCUCCUGGGAUAACUGAUGAUUCUGCAUCUCUCUGUUCAGCCCAGGCAGAGUUGGAAAGUGUUGGUUAAAAUAUAGUACCUUCUUGUUGGGAAUGACUACUAAGUUUCUGUGUCUAAUUAGAGCCUCCACUUGAGAAAUUACUGGAGAGAAGCUAGGGAUCAUUCUAGGUUCCUAGGUUGGGUGGCUUUCAUAUAAUUUUACCCUUUGAGCUAUUGAGAUUUUUUUUGGCCGUGUUCAAAGAUAAAUUUUACUUUAUUAAUUUGAAAUAUUAAAUCAAUUCCAUGGUAAGAAAGACAGAGUUGCUUUUCUCAUAAAAAUGAAUCUUGAGCACACAUGUGAAAAUUUUCAACUACAAAGUUGAAAAUUGCCUAGUGGGGAAAUCUUAAUGAAGAAAGAAGUCUUUAAAAAGAGUGUGAAAAGGAAUGUUGAAGAUCACUUAAAGUUAUUCAUGUUUGAAAAUUACAUGUCGAGCAUACAAAUGUUAAAAGAGACCUUGCAGAACUUUAGAAUGUGAUUUCAGAGCAAGUCUGUGUGCUUGGAAAUUUGCACUUACUGAAAUUUGCACUUCAUAGAUAUUUUGUUAUUGUUCUUUGGCUUUGUUUUUGGAUGAAACUUUUGAAACAAAAUGCUAAAUGCUACAUUAAGAUAGUUUUGUGCUUGUAAAUGUGUGUUGAAAGCUGAAAAAUGACUUUUUAAAGGUCUCUUAGGACUAUUAUUAAUGCACUUAGAUGGCACAAGUAGGAGUAUUUCUAAGUACCUUAAAAACAUCUUAAAUUAUAACCAUGCAGUGUUGUUAUCUAUCAAAAUUAUACUGUGGAAAGAAAAUGGAAACAGAUUGCAUGAAGUAGUGUUAUCUACAGGACUACAAAUUGGAAAUUGCGAAGACAGAGAAGACCAGUGGGCAUCACCAAAUCUAUCUCAUCUCAUCUAAAUAAUGGGAAAACUGUUAUUGAUCAAAGCUUUACCUGGGAAAGAUUCCAUUUAUUAAAGACAAGCUCUAUCCUUACUGUCAGUCACAAUUGAUGAUUUUCAAAGGCUCAUACCAAGCAAUAGCUGGCAUUUUGAAAUACAUCUCAAGCGUUCUUUUAAUAAAUAUCAUUAAAAAGUUCCCCUCUCUCCCCUUAAAGUAGAUUUUGUCUGCUGAAAAUACUCCCCAUUUAUUUUAAUAAAUUUUCAAUCCAAUAGAAUUUAAGUACAACCAAAUAACUUAGAUACUAUGUUAAAAUUCAUCAUAAUCGGAUUUAUUCCAUAUUGAGGGCUAUAGCUGGUUUCUUGUUUGUCCAUUUUUUUUUCCUUUCUUUGUAUCCACAGUGCUUAACGGUGCCCAGCACAUGGAGAAUGCUUAAUAAAUGCUUGUUGAUUGGUUGACUAAUCUUUUAUAUUUAGAAGGAUGCAAAAGCUUUAAGAGCAACUUAUAUAUCACACUUUGCCAUAUCCUAGAAUUUGAAACAAUUUUCGCCCCUGUAGUAAAUCUUUGAGUAUUAUUGUUUAUGGACUAAUUUUAUAAAAGUUAUGGCUAUUUUUCAUACCUGUGCAUUUUGGCCCUGGAAACUACAAUAGCCAGGAAAGAACCAAAACCUCAUCAGUAUUCCAAGUAAGCAAGUACCCAUUUGGGGGACACGUAGGCUAAUUUUGUUUUAUAACCCUUAACAUUGAAAAACUUUGUAUACGUAUACACAACUCAUCAAUAAAAUGUCUCCUAUUUUGGAAAAUUCAUUGAAAUAUAUUCAUAUUAUUCUGCCCAGCCAUCGUGUUUUGUCUGGUUUUAGACUUCCAUCUUCCACAAGUAGUCCAUCUUUUCGCAAGCAGAGACCUUCCUGGAAUGAAUUGUUUCCUCAUCCCACCUUAAAGAUAAAACAUUUUUAGGUCACCAGGUAAACAUGUAGAUAUUGAACAGCUCAGUAAGUCUGUUUUUCCAAAUUUUCAAAGAAGUGAGGUGGAGUUGCCACCACUUCUAAGAGAUGUUUUUGACUCAAGUUCACAUCUUCUUGCUAAAGUUAGUCAGAAAGAUAAGUAGGCUAAUGAGUGCUUAAGGGAGAUGAACAAUCUGUCCUAAGCAGCAGUAGCAUAUUCCUCGCCACUGUUGUUUCUUGUUCACCUCACUUUCCUCUGUCUGAAUUGUAAAUGGAACUUAAAUGUGGAUCAUUGGCUUUCAUCGAUAUUUAGAAUUAGCAUGCAAUCAAGAUAACAAUAUAGUAAAGAAAAAAGGGAGAAAGACAGUGAGUGAGCCUGUUAAGUGUUAAGUUUCUCCCAGAUGGUAUGUUAAGACCAGCAUAGUCUGGUGGAAGGAACACUGGAUUUGGAGUUAGGAGACCUGAAUUUGAAUCUCAGCUUUGCCAUUACUGGGUGGCUCUGGGCAAGUCAUGCCCCUUCUCUGAGCCUCAGUUUCUUCAUUUGUCAUAGAGUAUCGGACAAGAUGAUCUCUGAGAUUCCUUCUAAAACUAUCAUGCUAUGGAGUUGUUUGUUUUUAAAGGAGCCUGCUUGAAAUGUUCAUGUCCUUUGACCUCCCUGCACUCCCAGCACCUGUUUAAUCUUUCUGUUUUAUUUCUCCAAGGAAAGUGUUAUCGUACAUUGCAUCUGCUUGUGUGGCAAGUGAAGUUCUACACUUAGAAACAUUCUUUUCCUAACGUUAGUUAAUUAUAUAAUACUAAAAGCUUUCAUGAAUCAUGGAACGGCAGCACCCUAAGCCAAUCCGAGGUGUCACUUAAUGUUGAAUGUUCCCCUCUCUGACAGAAGCAGGAAAGAGUUGUGACAGUGAUAGUAAGCAUUUUGAAAAAUGCAUACCUGUUGUCACCCCCUACCCAAAUUGCACACCAGCAUAUUGCUGGAGAGUCCCUGACCCUCUUUCUAAUCAGAUAUACAUUUUUCUGGAAUGAUGUUGCUCUCCUAGCCUUACAAAAAUGCUGUUGCAACCAAAGUAUGAAAACAGACUAAAUAGCCAAGACUUCUUUCAUCGUCCAGAAUAAUAACGGAAAAAAACAACAUCCAUAAUAAAAAAAAAUUGAGAGGCUGAAUGGGGCAGUGGAAAGACCGCUGGCCAGGGGGUCAAAGGAGCUCGAAUCUAGAGCUGGAAGGGACCUCAGAAACCAUCCAGUCCAAUUUCUGUCAUGGUUUAGGGAAUAACCUGAGAGAGCUAUAGAGGUUAAGUGACUUGCCUAAGGUCACAUAGUAAGUGUUCAAGGCAGCAUUUGAGCCUAGGUCCUCUGACUCCAGGACCAGUGCUUUUUUCCCCAGUACGUAUUCUUUACAAGAGACCACAUUUCUAGCACUGGCUCUGCCCCUUACUCGUGAGGUUGCCUGGAGCAAGUCACAUCACUUUAAGGAGCUUCAGUUUGGUCAUUUAUAAAAUGAAGAGAUUAGCUCUGUGAUUUUAAAUCUGAUUGUCUUCCCACAUCCCUUUCUACCUUAUCCCCUCCCUCCCAAACCUAAGAUUAAAUUCAGGAGGGCAGAAGAUGGUGGGUUUUUUUUGAAAGUAUAGCUAAGGACAUUUAUUUUUUAAAUUGAUUUGAAAGCAGAUUACAAGGCUUACGAAUGUGAGCUUGAUGUAUAAGAUAGAAAAACUGUCAGUCUCAUUCACCCAAGAAUUGCUUGCGUUUUGCUUAUUACUGCUGUGGGGAAGGAAAAGAAAAAGGUUAAAAGAUAUUUAAAUGUAAAACAGAGUUUCCAUGAAAAAGCACAGAUUUUUUAAAAGCUUUUCAACUUAAGGAGAGUAUGAUUUAUGGCAGACAAAUUGGAAAGAGUACAGAUGCUGUUCUUUUUUUAUAGCCCAUUGAUAGACUGAGCAGAGAAACAGGUGGGGUGAUGAUAAAAUGUUAUGAGUUAUUAAAUUGUUUUUAUGAUUUCAUCAUAUUUGGUCUUCAGCCCUUUCUCUAAGUUUAAAUAUAAUGGAUAUUGCAAUAGAGAAUGCAGGAGCACACUGAAGAGAAAAAGGAAGAACCCUUUGGAUGUACACCCCAACAGUCUCUCUUAUAUAAAUAGAAAUUCCACAGUUAGAACAAAUAGUGGUGGGAGAGUAAUGCUACCUUACAAUCCUCGGUGGUUUUUUUGAAACCACCAGUCAGUCAACAUUGAUGACUGUCUAAAAGAGUUGUGGGGAAAGGACGUGAUUAGGGAUAGGUAAUCUCACAGUGUGUUUUGAAUGUUCACUCCCUCCUGGUUCUUCCUGUUGCCUUCCCCUCCAAGAGUUCUCUCUGGGAUUUUUGUCCCAAAAGGCAGGAUGGCACAUUGUGUUCAUUGCAUACUGUGCUAUCUCUGUCAGAUGCAUCCUAACGGGAAGUCUUUUCUGAGGGCACAGUCUUAAAACCAAUGAUAACUGCCCAAAUUCUGGGAUUUUCCAAAAUGGAGGCUAUUUUCACUUAUAAAGCUCAUAGGAUCUUAGAGGUGGAAAGAACUCUUCUUUUUUCUGUAAUUGGGGUUAUAUGCCUUGCCCAGGGUUACACAGCUAGUAAGUGUCAAGUGUCUGAGGCUGAAUUUGAACUAUGGUCCUCCUGACUCCAGGGCCAGUGUUCUAUAUGAGCACUUAGCUGCCUGAAAGGACCUUUCAAGGCCAUUGAGUCCAACCGUCUUCAUUUCACAGAUAAGGAAACUGAGUCACUUGUGUGACUUGCCCAAGGUCACACAAGUAGUAAGUCACAGAAGCAAGAAUCAAACCCAAGACCUCUGACCUCCAAAGCAGUGUUCCUUCCAUUAUACCACCCUGUCUCCUUAGUAACCAGAGAGUGUUCCAAGACCAGUGACUUCACAUUAUUUUUUAAGCUGAGCCGAGUUAAUUGGUAUAUAAUUGGUGUCUUGUUCAAAGGCUAAGAGCAAGAUUAAAAAGACUCUUUGAUUUAAAUCAAAUGUUAUUUCAGACAGUGGUGAGUUUAAAUAGCUUGGUCCCUGAAUUUGAUGUCUUUAGGGGAAAAGCAUUACAUAAAAACAUAAAUAAAAUUUUUCAAGCCCUAACGGUAAUUAUGAUAAAGAGCUUUCAAAUGUAAUCCCACUCCUCUUCUACCUAUUUAUUCCCCACCCCACCCUUAUUCCCCUUUAUAUCUUGAAUGUUAAAGUCCUGGGUAAGAGAUCUUGGAGGUGAAACUGUUUAAUCUGUUUUCAUGAAGUACAAAAAUUGACCUUUAGAGUCAUUAAUGAAAAGAAAAUAUGUAUUUUAGGAUGUCCUCCCCAUUCCUACUGUGCCCAUGAACACCCAGGUAACUAAGGUGCUUCUUGAUACCUUGGUCAGUGGCAGUAUCUGCCUGUUGCUUUCCUGCUGGAAGAUCUGGUUUUGUAGAUUCUGUCAGAAACUGCUUUUUAAGGGAAACUGCUUAAAAAUGUUGCUUAUCUCUUGAUCGCUGCUCUUAAAUAUUAUGUAUUCUGUGGGAAAAUGGAACUCAAUAUUUGUGUUGAUUUGCUUAUUUCUCUCGUGAGUGUGAGCACCUGUGUGUUUCAAAAACAAAAAUAAAAGUGGUCUUGUGUUUACCUUAAUUAUCA